CCCCGAGUUGCGCUUAUGCUCUCUGCCCAGACCAGCGCCGGCCUUCAUGCUCCUCCUCUCCGCAAGAACAAGCCCAGCAGGAUCGCGGUCGCCGCAUCUAUACCAUUGCCAAAACCUCUUCUCCCGAGACUAUCACUCUCCCAUCAAAUUAACACCCCAAAGCCCAGGGUUAUGGUUUUGGCUUCGCUAUCCAUCCAAUCCUUGCCAAUCCCCACGUUGUCUCCUCCAUCUGCUUCCCAACUCACGCUCACUGCAUCUAUAUUCCAGAUUUCGUCAAGCAACGAGUGGGGAUCGAAGGUCGUGAUGGAUGACUAUGGAUAAGUUGGGGGGAGGGAGUUCCCCUGUUCCCAGCGACCCUAGAAAAUAGCCACUAUGUUUGCGAAAUACCCUGUCAUCGGGAGCCUUGUUGUUGCCGUCGACUGCUCCAAACGGCGUCGCUUCUAUUGGAUUUGACCCUAUGGAUAAUUUGGUUAAUUGUGAAUUCGAGCUUCACAAAGUGAAGAAUUUGUGAUUGUUUGAUUUCUGAUGGGCGUGUUUGCAGGGAUGGAGCCAGCGUGUGUUUAGGAGGGGCCAUGGCCCCCCUAAGAUCCUAGAAAACUUCUAAAACGUAAAAAUGUUAUAUUUAGUCUUUGGUGGCAAAAUGGUUAUGAGUCCAAACCGACAUAAUUUAAUGCUGGAGGUAUUGAGUUUGAACCCUGCCUCUGUUUUAUUUUUGUGCUUAAUUUAAUUUUAACCCGGCCUCCGUAUUGUUAAGCUUAAUAAUUAGAUUAAUUCUCCAUGCCUUCCAAUUACGGUUGGAAAUGAAUGAAUAGCUUUGAA